CAUAAUCUAGUUAGCUUGAUGCUGGUGAAAGUGUGUGACUGAUCUGGCGAUUACGGAAAUAUCUGCUUAGCCAGAAUCAAAUAAAUAAAGGAUUAAUAUCGAGUCACCACCUGUGUAAGCCUGUAACACUGUCCACAAUGUCCAGGCAAUCCAACCGAACAACAGACAGCAAGAAGAUGAACUCUGAACUGUUCACACUGACCUAUGGGGCUCUGGUGACCCAGCUUUGUAAAGACUAUGAGAAUGAUGAGGAAGUCAAUAAACAACUGGAUAAGAUGGGUUAUAACAUCGGAGUACGUCUCAUUGAAGACUUCCUGGCACGCUCCAGCAUCGGCAGGUGUCAGGAUUUCCGAGAAACAGCCGAUGUCAUUGCUAAGGUUGCAUUUAAGAUGUACCUGGGAAUCACCCCCAGUGUGACCAACUGGAGCCCGGCAGGAGAUGAAUUCUCCCUCAUGUUAGAGAAUAACCCGUUGGUAGACUUUGUGGAGCUGCCGGAUAACCACAGCACGCUGAUCUACUCCAACCUGCUGUGUGGGGUCCUCAGAGGAGCCCUGGAGAUGGUCCAGAUGGCGGUGGAUGUGAGGUUUGUCCAGGACACUCUGAGAGGGGACAGUGUUACAGAAAUUCGCAUGAAGUUCAUCAAGAGGAUCGAAGAAAAUCUCCCAGCAGGAGACGAAUAAUGGAAAUAAAGGGGAAGUUACAGGAACACCUUCACUUACAGACUGAAAGGAUGAACAAACCAAACUCAAAACAUCAAGAUGAGUGGUACUUCUCAGUAGCUGAAAGACUUCGUAUUAACAUCAUAGCCUGGAUCUGUCGAGUUAAAAGUUUUAAAGGCAUCAAUGCUGAUAUUAUAAAAACACUCCUCAACUCCUAGUAUCUUCAUCUCCUGUUUUUUUUUCUAUCUGUAUUGUUAGGAGUAGAGCUAGGAGUUAGACGAGACUAUUGAGAUUCAUCCCAACGAGAAGAAACACUUUACACUAUUGAAACACAACAAAAGAUCAUAGCAUAGCUUUGCUACUUUGAAUAUCUUAUGAAUGACAUGAGUGAUCUGCAGUCCAGUUUGAGUGUUUCUCUGCCAAUAACAGCCAGUGUCAAUGUAGAGGGCUAAGAGAAUGCACUGUCACCAUCCCACAUGGAAAGUCACUUUUUCUUCAUUUGACUGUAAAACCUCUGUCCUGUUUGUCAAAACAUUGAUUCGUUUUCAUUUGGCCUUGUGUAGGCUCUUACCUUUUUUAAUUUUUGGUGCAAGGCUGGAAAGCCCUACAUUGUUAUGUUUUCAUGUUUGUCUUGUUUUUUUUUCUUUUUUAAUUAAAUCACAUUCUAUAUUGCUGCCAGUUGUCUGGCAUGAUCAUUUAUGUUGAUGUAUAUGUGAAAUAAAUGUAACAUAUUUGA